AUGAUGAUAGGCAAUGAAGAAAUGCCGUUAUUUUUAUCCAUGGCCAUGCGUUACGAGAGUGGAGACUCGGUGAAAACACCUUUUGGUUUUGGAUGUAUACGUAAUUGUAGUAGUAAUAGUUCAGCUUCAAAGACCCAGAUAGUUGAAGUGACACUUGCAGGUGAUGUUGUCUUGUAUACAAGAAGAAGCUAUUUGAUGCCAGCAUUACGUAUGUUACAGUAUGGAGAAAUUCCAAAACAUACAAGAGUGAUGGUCUUGCAAUUAAACAAGAGAGAAGGCGUUGUACUCGAUUAUAUAGUCUCGGAUCAAAAGUAUCAAGUUUUAAUUGAAGACACAACAUAUGGAUCUGAUGAGAAUAAGAAUGAAACUGUAAUGGACAAAUACACACUAUUGCUGACGAAAGAAGAGCUUCGUUUGACAAAAGAGACUCGCGUCCGGACAAGUGUUGGGCUAGGAACUAUCACAAACUACCGAAGCUCAAGUGAUUUGUACGUGGUGCUACUGGACUGGGGCAGCAUUGCGUAUUUGCAAGCCAAGGACGUUUUUUGUCUUGACUUGCGGCUGUUGAAAAAGAUCCCCAAGCCUUUGUCUGCAGAGAGAAUUUACAACGAGUGUCAAGGGCAAAUUACGCGUGACGACGCACUCGUACUGAGUCACAAGGCGGAACAGACGUACCGCCAACUUCAAAUGUUUUGUGAGCAGCACUCUGAGGCCAUCUCGUUUGCCUCCACAAAUGCGUCCUACGGUGAUCAGUACACAAAAGCGCUGGCUGUGAUGCUUGAUCCCAGCUUCUCAGACGCUACAAAGCGCUUGAAGGAUGCAAGCGGUAAAGAACUUGAGCGUUUGAAAGGGAUAGCGAUCUCUGCUAAGACGAUGCUGGAAAGCGACUUUCUAGAAGGUAUGGACUCUGCUGCUUUUAUCGCAAAAGCAUCGAAUGUCUUGAUUCAACUAAAGAACAGCGAGGAGGUAAAGAACCUCCAUUCAACUUUUCGUGAGAGGGCUAGCUCAGAACUUACCUCCAUCCGACAGCGAGUUUUGUCUAGGGAAAGUGCUUCACUGCCGCAAGUGGCAUCGUCACACGAGGAGAAGAAACUUGUUUUAUCGCAGAUUUUGCAAAUCGUAGAGAGCAAAAUGAACGCGCAAAAGCCGCGUUUGGAUGCUCUAAAGUUACCUUUAGAGCGCAAGGAUCUGCAGUCAGAAGUUCUGGCGAAAAUGCAUCAGCACGAAAACGAAUUAAUGAAGGCACAAGCGACAAUUGCUCACCUUGAAGUAAUGGCAAGCAAACAGCUGGGUGUAAACUCAAUGGCCGAUUUGGACAUUAGCAUGUUGGCACAAAGAGCAGAGGAGUUACUACCUAGAUUGACAUCGAAGGCUGAAGUUCUGGUUCAUGCAUCGGAAAAGUAUUGGAUGCAGAUGCAGCAAACAUCACGUGGUCAGACACUCAUGAAAAAGGCAAAGGCACUGGUCCAGUCAGUUGAGAACCCUGACGAAUUUUGCGAUACCGUGACGAAGGCUAUUGGCGAAAUCAAGUUGGACGAGUUGGCCGAGCGUGGGAGCACAAUGUUAAAAAAUUGCAAAAAGCGGCAAGAGUUCGUGGACCGGAUGAAAGAUCAUUGUUUGGAUUUUUUAACGUCCGUUUUGCCAACCUUAAAAAUUGACAUGAUUUCGGGCGUAGAAGACGACAUUGCCUAUUCGCUUUCAAAAUUGGAUUUGUCGAAUUUUCAUGUGAAAAAAGAUCGCGUCAAAGUGCGAAUGGGAACUGUAAUUGAUGAGGAGUUAUUUACGGUUCGUGCGACACAUUUGACGGCACUUCUCAAGGGUUUUGAUUGGACAUUUGAGCAAAAAUGUUUUCCUUACCUACAUGGUGGCGGUGUAGCGGAUGCUGUACUGAGUGGCGGUGUGAUUUGCUUAGGCUUUAAAGCCGAAAAGAAAGUUGUGAACGAGGAAACCGGUGAGUCUAAGCCGAUACUAGCGCUUAGCUCGAUAAAAAUUGAGAUUCGCCAAGGACUAAAGCUUAGUGUUCAAGGAAGCUGGUUUAGCGCGGUUUACAAUAUGUUGACAUCGCUUUUUGCCGAGUUAAUUCGUGAGUAUUUGGCCAAGACAAUGGAAACGAAAUUGUUGAAGCAUACGAUUAAGUUGCUGGAUACACUGAAUAAGCAGAUGGAUGAGUACUGGCCGUUGAUCUUCCAGUUGCUAGACAUCCGAGUUGAAGAUUUGCCAACUGCCAGCCUGUGGCGUGGUGCGAAGGAGAUUGAGAUGCAGCCACAAGAGCUUGAAUGCACCUUUGCGGAGCGCAGCACCAUGCCUUUCGUCUUUACAAAGGGUGUGCUGAACGAGUACGUGGUUGUAUCACGCAUUCUGGACGUCGACGUGCCACCCACUAGCAAAAUCAGAUCACGUGAGAAUCAUAUUUCUCAUUCGACUGGGGACUGGAAACGCGUUCCCGUGGGUAGUAGCGUGCUAGCUCUCAAUGGCCUCUGUUGCAGUAAACUGACUGUUGACGAGAUGAGAGGUCUACUAGAAACUCUUCCUCUUCCUUUUACGAUACGCUUUUCGUUGCUUCCUGAAAGUAUUACCAAAAAACGGCGACAGCGAAUGAAGCCCCAACCUGAAUUUACCACUUUUACAUUUCGAAAAGAAGGACCAUUUGGAUUGCAACUACGAGCUCGUGCGCUAGCGUCAUGUGGCGUUAUAAUUGUGGGAUUUGCUCCCGCGGAUUCUGAUGGCAAAAAGUAUCCGGCAGAACUUAGUGGCAAGAUACGUGUAGGUCAGCUUUUGACGAAAGUUAACAAUGUCGAUCUCCGUACUAAAACGCUAGCCGAAGUGCUAGCCAUUCUUCACGUCAUGAAAAGCCGUCCUGUGACAAUGCAGUUUGCGACGAGUCCCGAUGCUGUCAUUAAGCUAUGUGACUGGCCCCCAAUGAUUGAAACUGAGGAGGCAUCCUCGUUUGCGUGUAAUGAAGACGAUUUGUUGUCUAAUGGCAGGCAGUAUGUCGUGCUGUCUGCUUUUACACGUAUCCCAUCCUUCGCUCAGCGGAGUCACUUGGUGGAGAAGGGUGACGUGUUGCUGGGUGUAAAUGAUGUUCCACUCACAGGUCCAGGCUACAGUAGUUUUGAGGCUAUUAUGGAGGCCUUACGUGUCAUUGUGAGCAAGAAGAAGCCAAUGCGAGCUGUGUUUGUAAAUCGCGAGCACUAUAUGGCGAUGCGAAAAGAUCUCCAGCAACGCCGUCUGUCGUUCAACAAAGACAUAGAUCAGUUGAGUGGGCGUAAUCACAAGGACGUAGAAUCCGGUGGAAGUGUGAAAGACAGCGUGGGGUUUGAUGAAAUCGGUUCCACCGCGAUGAAAGAGAUUGUAUUUCCAAAGGGUCCGCUAGGUAUAUUGUUUGGCAAUUGGAAGGACGAGGCUAUAUAUAUACGAGCGUUUGUUUCGAGUCCAGGACCAGCAGAGAAAACAGGGUUGCUUCGCGUCGGACACGCAAUAAUACAGGUGUGUGGACACGCUGUACCGCUUGCAGCCACUCCUGAUGUCAUUGAGGAGCUGAUAGUGAAGAUAUCUGCGGAAGCAAGAGCGCAGGACAGUAACAGCUGUGAUGAGGAUACUACAGCCAAAAGUUGUGAAAAGAAACCCGUGUAUACACUGACAGUUCGAGAUCUUGAGUUAGAGCAAGAAUUGAUGAAGUAG